UUUUGUUAUUGUAAUUUUUAGUUUUAUGCAUGCUGGGUAUUGUAUGUAAUUGACUAUUUGCCUUUAAUUUAGACAAUAAUUUAGUAAAUACAUGAUUUCCCGGGUAAUUAACUGCUUAAACAGGACAAAAGUUUGGCAUUUUUAUAUUAUUUAGAGUUUUGGGGACCAGAUUAUUGUUUAUUAGCUAACGGGAAAUGUCAGGCAUAUUUUAAUGAAGUCAAAUAAUGACAUUGAAAUUGAUUGAUGUUUUUUUAAAUGGAUUCUGAGUAGUUAGGUGAUGGGGUUUUGAUAAUUUUCUGUGAUGUUGAACAACUUAGAAGAAAAUUUAUUGGGGUUUUUGUAAAAAAUAGAUUCCAUAUGUGAUAUGUGGAUAAUAUACUUUGGCUCCUCACAUUGAUGGUUGAUUUGUUUGUUAGGGGUGUGCAAAUCUGGGUUCGUUAUGAUUUGAUUGAUUGCUCGUCCAAUUGAAAGCCUUUUUUUUUUCACCAUGGGAUUGGUUUUUACUAGAAAGCUUGGACAUGUACCUUGGAUGAGAGUUAUAUUGGUGUGCAUCUUUUGUAUGGUGGAAGUUGAACCUAGUUGGGGGAAGGGUGUGGCUGAAAAUUCUAAUGUAGUAUCGUCGUUUUCGAGGCCGAAGUCUGUGAACAUUGGUGCUCUUUUCACUUUCAAUUCAGUUAUUGGAAGAGCAGCUAAACCAGCAAUGGCGGCAGCAGUUGACGAUAUCAAUUCCAAUUCCAGUAUAUUGCAGGGAACAACACUAAACCUUAUUUUUCAUGAUACUAAUUGCAGUGGUUUCUUGGGAACGAUGGAAGCUUUGGAGUUGAUGGCGAAAGAUGUGGCCAUUACAAUUGGUCCUCAAUCUUCUGGCAUUGCUCAUGUCAUUUCUAAUGUUGUUAAUGAGCUCCGUAUUCCCUUAUUAUCUCUAGCAACAGAUCCCAAUCUCUCGUCACUACAGUACCCAUAUUUUCUUCGUGCAGUACAUAGUGAUUAUUUUCAGAUGAAUGCUAUUGCUGAUCUGAUUGUGCAUUAUGGAUGGAGAGAGGUAAUUACUAUAUUUGUGGAUGAUGAUUAUGGAAGAAAUGGAAUUUCUGCCUUGGGAGAUGCUCUUGCAAAAAACCGUGCCAAAAUUUCAUACAAGGCUGCUUUCCCUCCAGAUGCUUCAAGAAAUGAUAUAAACGAUUUGUUAGUUCAAGUCAGUUUGAUGGAAUCUCGGAUUUUUAUUGUCCAUGUAAACCCUGAUUCUGGUCUGAAGGUAUUUUCUAUUGCAAAGUCUCUUGGGAUGAUAAGCAAUGGUUAUGUUUGGAUUGCUACGGACUGGCUUCCUUCCGUUCUUGACUCGGUACCUGUAGAUCCUGUUACCAUGGAUAUAUUACAAGGAGUGUUGGCUCUCCGCCAUCACACUAAAGAUUCUCACCAGAAAUAUGCUUUUACGUCCAGAUGGAAGGGCUUGAAAUACGUGGGGAACUCUACCAUUAAUUCUUAUGCUUUCUAUGCUUAUGAUGCUGUUUGGUUAGCUGCCCACGCUCUUGAUUCAUUUUUUAACCAGGCUGGAAACUUAACAUUCUUUAGUGAUCGCAUGAUUAAUGAAAGUGCACUCAACUUAUCGAGUCUUCGAAUUUUCCAAGGAGGCCAGCAGUUGCUACAGAAACUGCUCCGAACGAAUUACACAGGCUUGUCAGGAGAUAUUCAAUUUGAUUCAGAAAAGAACUUAAUUAACCCUGCAGUUGAUAUACUGAAUAUUGUUGGAACUGGAUCUAAUAAGAUUGGGUAUUGGUCUAACUACUCCGGUCUUUCAGUUGUGAGUCCAGAAAUCUUGUAUCUAAAACCUCCUAACAAAUCCUCUAGCACCCAGCAGCUUAGUAGUGUUAUAUGGCCAGGUCAAGUCACCAAUAUUCCUCGUGGAUGGGUAUUUCCUAAUAACGGUAAGCCUCUGCAGAUUGCGGUACCCAAUCGUGUCAGUUAUAAAGAAUUUGUUUCUGUAGACAAAGAUCCCCAAGAAGUUCAGGGAUAUUGUAUCGACAUCUUUGAAGCAGCUGUAAAACUGCUUCCCUAUCCUGUUCCACAUAAAUAUGUGUUGAUUGGUGAUGGUAUUAGAAAUCCAGAUUUCAACAAUCUUGUCCAUGAUGUUGCUAUUAACAAAUACGAUGCAGCUGUGGGGGACAUAACUAUUGUCACAAAUAGAACAAGGAUAGUGGACUUCACGCAGCCAUACAUGGAAUCAGGACUAGUUGUAGUGGCCCCUGUAAGAAAGGUCAAGUCAAGUGCCUGGGCUUUUCUCAAACCUUUUACUCUGCAGAUGUGGAUCGUUACUGGGUCUUUCUUUUUACUUGUGGGAUUUGCUGUUUGGAUUUUGGAGCAUCGAAUCAAUAGUGAAUUUCGUGGUCCACCAAGUCAGCAAUUUAUGACAAUACUCUGGUUCAGCUUCUCAACAAUGUUUUUCGCACAUCGAGAGAACACUGUCAGCACCUUGGGACGAUUUGUGCUUCUAAUAUGGCUGUUUGUGGUUUUGAUUAUCAAUUCUAGUUACACGGCUAGUUUGACUUCUAUCCUGACAGUGCAGCAGCUAUCAUCAAGAAUCGAAGGAAUUGAUAGUUUAAUCUCAAGUAAUGAUCCAAUUGGGAUUCAGGAUGGUUCAUUUGCUCGUGAUUAUCUUGUUAGGGAACUCAACAUAGCUGAGUCUCGGAUAAAAAGCCUCAAGAAUCAAGCAGAAUAUGCUGAUGCCCUUGAACGUGGGCCUAAAAAUGGUGGAGUAGCUGCCAUUGUCGACGAGCUUCCUUAUGUGGAGGUCUUCUUGUCCUACAGUAACUGCAAUGUUCAGAUAGUAGGACAAGAAUUUACGAAAAGUGGCUGGGGAUUUGCCUUUGAACGGGACUCUCCUCUUGCUGUUGACUUGUCGACUGCUAUACUACAACUCUCAGAGAACGGUGAACUUCAAAGAAUCCAUGACAAAUGGUUGACGAGUAGUGGCAGUUGUUCGAGUCAAUCAAAUCAAGUUGAUGAUAAUCGACUCUCCCUGAAAAGUUUUUGGGGGCUGUUUUUGAUUUGUGGAGUAACAUGCUUUUUGGCACUUAGUAUAUUCUUUUGCAGAGUGUGCUAUCAGUAUAGCCGAUAUGCUCCUGAAGUAGUUAUUCAAGAUGAAAUUGAGGCAGCUGAACCAGUGAGGUCUAGACGUCUUAGCUCGGCCAGCUUUAAGGACUUGAUGGGUUUCAUUGAUAGAAAAGAGGCUGAGAUCAAAGAGUUUUUUAAACGGAAGAACAGCCUAGAGAGCAGCCAGUCACAAACUAGUCGGAGCCAUAGUUUAGGCACCUUAAGUAGUACGGACUAGUAUUCUCUAGGUUUAAAUGGACUAUGCUGCUGUUAUCGUAAGUCCACUCCACAGGUAACAGAAUAGGGAACAUUCCAAUGUAUGGGAUCCUCAUCCUCUUAAGAAACGGAGGUAUAUAAUGAUGAUUACGUGUAUAUGUUUACCUACAAUUAUAAAACAUACUUGAUCUAAUUUUUUUGUCAAUGUAUAUUUCUCAAAUCAUA